AUGACAAUAGAGGAACCGAAAAGAACAGACAAUCUUACUCUAUACUCGAAGAAAGAACAUCUUUAUAACCAAUCAAUUUCUUCAGAAGUUGCAUCAACAACCCCCUCUAUAGAGGAAAAGUGGAAACCGAAGUUGUCCUCAGCAUUUGCGAGAACUUUAUCUAGUAUCCCUAGUUAUGAACAAAUGAAAAAAGAUCACAAAGUGGCAGACUACCACUUAAAGAUUGUCGUAGUGGGAGACGGUAACGUUGGAAAGACGUGUCUAUUGAUAUCUUAUGUAAAUAAUGAAUUUCCUACAGAUUAUAUACCUACUGUGUUCGAGAACUAUGUGACAAGUGUAAAUAUGCCUAAUCGAGAAGUGAUUGAGUUAGCAUUAUGGGAUACAGCAGGCCAAGAAGAAUACAACAGACUGAGGCCCCUUUCAUAUACAGAUGUUGAUGUAUUGAUGGUAUGUUAUAGUGUGGAUAAUAAAACGUCCUUAGAGCAUGUAGAAGAAUUGUGGUUCCCCGAGGUUAGACAUUUUUGUGGGAAGACUCCCGUUAUGCUUAUUGGACUGAAAUCAGAUUUAUAUGCUGAAGAUAAAGGGGAGGGUCUUGUUGAAACCAAACAUGCCGAAUUAAUAGCUAAGAAGAUGGGUGCAUUUGUCCAUCUUCAAUGUUCAGCCAAGUCAAGGGACAAUGUUGAAGAAGUGUUCAACAAAGCCAUCGAGAUUGUUCUCGGUGAUUCUCGUGGGGAUGGCAAAGCAUCGAAUUCUGUCUUGAAAAAUCCGUUUAAAAAAAAUGUAUCAAAAAGAAGAAGCAAUUUGGCCACAAGUUAUGAUAUUAAAGUGGAUAAACCUGUCCGAGCUAAAAAUGAACGAUUUAAAGGUUCCAGAUGUAUCAUAACUUAG